GCCUGCGCGGGGCGGGCCGGAGCGCGUCGGGAACGAGCGCUGAGGCCCGAGCCGCGGGACCCGAGCGAAGGCCGCGCCGAGGUCGCAGGGCCCCGCUGGGCCGCUGUAGCCGCCGCCAUGGGCAUCAAAUUUUUAGAAGUUAUCAAACCUUUCUGUGCAGUUCUACCAGAAAUUCAGAAACCUGAAAGGAAAAUCCAGUUUAGAGAGAAGGUACUAUGGACUGCUAUAACUCUCUUCAUCUUCUUAGUAUGUUGUCAGAUACCACUAUUUGGAAUCAUGUCAUCAGAUUCUGCAGAUCCUUUCUACUGGAUGAGAGUUAUUCUUGCAUCCAACAGAGGAACGUUAAUGGAAUUGGGUAUCUCCCCAAUUGUAACAUCUGGUUUGAUUAUGCAGUUGUUAGCUGGAGCCAAAAUCAUUGAAGUUGGAGAUACACCCAAAGAUAGAGCCCUAUUCAAUGGAGCCCAGAAAUUAUUUGGUAUGAUCAUUACCAUUGGGCAAGCCAUUGUGUAUGUCAUGACGGGCAUGUAUGGGGAUCCCGCUGAAAUGGGUGCUGGAAUCUGUCUCCUUAUCAUCAUUCAGUUGUUUGUUGCUGGUUUGAUUGUGCUGCUGUUAGAUGAGCUGCUACAGAAGGGUUACGGCUUGGGGUCUGGGAUUUCCCUCUUUAUUGCCACCAACAUCUGUGAAACCAUUGUCUGGAAGGCCUUUAGUCCCACUACCAUUAACACUGGCAGAGGUACCGAGUUUGAGGGUGCAGUCAUAGCUCUCUUUCAUUUACUGGCCACCAGGACAGACAAAGUUCGAGCUCUAAGGGAGGCUUUCUAUCGUCAGAAUUUACCCAAUCUCAUGAACCUCAUUGCUACAGUUUUCGUGUUUGCUGUUGUUAUAUAUUUUCAGGGAUUUCGUGUGGACCUGCCCAUUAAGUCGGCCCGGUACCGAGGGCAGUACAGCAGCUACCCCAUCAAGCUCUUCUACACCUCCAACAUCCCCAUCAUCCUGCAGUCGGCCCUGGUGUCCAACCUGUAUGUUAUUUCCCAGAUGCUGUCAGUUCGAUUUAGUGGCAACUUUUUAGUAAAUUUACUAGGACAGUGGGCUGACGUCAGUGGGGGAGGACCUGCUCGUUCUUACCCAGUGGGGGGCCUUUGUUACUACCUUUCUCCUCCUGAGUCCAUGGGCGCCAUAUUUGAGGAUCCUGUCCAUGUGGUUGUUUAUAUCAUCUUCAUGUUGGGAUCAUGUGCAUUCUUUUCUAAGACGUGGAUAGAGGUGUCUGGUUCCUCAGCCAAAGAUGUAGCUAAACAGCUUAAAGAACAGCAAAUGGUAAUGAGGGGCCACAGGGAUACCUCUAUGGUUCAUGAGCUUAAUAGUUUGUUUUCAAGUGUUGACCAUCUCAUUCCUGAAAUGGGCACGGAGCUAAGCCUGUGUGCAGCAUUAGUACCAGCUGCCUUAACACUAAAGUUUACAUUAUUCAUUAAAAAACCUACAUGCAGUGUUGCCUGUGAUGCUGGAAACCAAUGUACCCGCCUUGCCAUGUUCGGUUGUGACGGUGAGAUGGUGACAUGGAUCAGUUUUGCACACAACAUUCAAGACACUCAGUAUUCCCCCUACUUGUUUAAAAAUAAAUGUAGUUCAAAUUGCCACUUUCCAGUAUUUCUGAGCUUAUUUAAUGAGUUCUGGAUCAUUUAUAUCUAAUCUAUAUUUUAGAUAUAAUUACUUUUUAUACUUUUUUAUCUCAUAGUAUCCACAUUCCCACCCUCCCCCGUUUUAUUUGUUCCUCCUCAAAGCAGCCACUUAGCCCAGAUGAGCAGAAUCAAGCUUUCAGAGUCAAAUCUGUCACCAGAAACAACUGCUUAUAAUUACUCUGCCUGUUUUCCAUUCCCCUUUCCUCCCAGGGACAGCACAGUCGGUGCUGUUUUACCGUAUUGGCUAUGCCUUCGAAUUCCAACACGUCACUUGAGAAUACUCUUCAAGAUACUAUGCCCCAAUUUUUUUUUGUUUUAAUCCCUAAAGCAAAGAUCUAAUUCUCAAGCAAUGUCUGUAGUUCAGUGGGGGUGAACAAUGAGUAAUUCAUGCUAGGAAUCUGUGUAUGUUGUUGUACUUUAUAGCAGCAACAUGAGUGUAAACAGUAGACAAUAAAAUUUUAUUUAAUAAAACUUUUGGUUG